CAAUAUGUAUGCAGCAAAUCCUAUCGAUGGCUAUGGAGGCUAUAUUAACGAGGAAUUUGGGAAACUUAUGGAGAGAAAUAAGAGAGCAGCCUCUGUUAUCCAGCGGCCAAAGCAGGAGAGCCAAGGACUAAAAGAGAAGCAUCAUUCUCAGACAUUAACUCCAAGUAGGAUCAGGCCAAAGAAUGUGUCAAACCCUUAUAAUACUCCUUUUGUGCCACAAAGGUCCAGGUCCAGAGGAAUGCUGUCAAGCUUGAAAAUGCCAGUUCCUAGGCCAAAUCCGAUGAUAUUUGAGAACCAUUACCCAUUCCACAAAUCAAGUAAAUCCCCAGGAAAGGAAGAAGGAUGGAUCCCUGGGACCAGAGUGGAACCCAAGACUAGAAAUGCUGCUUACCAGGAAUUCCAACAGCUAAAAACCAUCACUGUUGCUGAUGAAGAACACAAAACUCGUAAAUAAAGAUCUUGCAGAGCUCACCAAGGUUUGGCUGAACCAGCAAAUGCGAGAUAAUGCUCAGAUCAAAUAAAAUCAAUCAAGGAACUGAAGAAGCCAACCAAGGGUUCUCAAGAAAGUUAGCCCAAGGCAAGGACUUUAGCAGGCGAGCUAAUAAAAUCACAUAUGAAGGCAAACGUAACAAUUCUUACGACAAUUUGAAAUUAUCCAAUACAUUGAAACUAGGUAAAACCUUGAAAGAUCACUGGAAAGAUCCUGCUACGAAUUAUUUCAAGAAGUCUAUCCUUGAGAAACAGAGAACGGAUGUCUUAAGUAACUCAAAGAAUGCGAAAACUAUCGACUGUGAAGACUACCAAGACGAGACAACGUUUAUGUACCCUCUUUGAAAUUCUCCGACCAGGAAGGAGUAUUAUAGAGAAGUCAUGAAGGACCAUAAGGAGGUCCUUCUGGCUCAGAUGCAGAAUAACUAUCAUAAUCGAAAACAAGAGCAGAGGAAUCAAAGAAUCAAGGGGUACCAGGGUAUUCCCAUCUCUGAAAUAUAUAAUAACGACCUUGAUAGAAUGAAGAAGCAGUUUCAUAAAUACCUCACCAAGGAGAAAGCCAUCCAACACAAGAUCAAGGUGGAGGAUUUUAUGGGUGACCCAAUGAAAUAAAAGGAACCAGAUUAGCGAAAAAGAGUUUGUGCAAAGGAAAAACCAGCAGUUUAGACCAAUAGAGCAUCAGCAUGAGUCGUACUCUAAGGAUGAUUCCAAAGCGUCUGGGUUUAAAUAUACUCCUUAUAAUCCGAUCCAGCAGCUGCCUGAUGCAAAUCCUCGAAAGGUUAGGCUAAAAAGUCCUGCACCUUUAAAGCAAUCCUUGCUAAAUCUGAAGAAGAUGAGUAACAAUAAUUUUUCAAGAAAUCCUAGAGCCCAGGCUUCUCGAACUAUUGAGCAGGUGCCAGUGAAGUCUAUUGCUGAUCUGAAGGAGGCAUCCCACCCAUCAAGGUUCAAGCAGAUGUCUAGGAAUCACCAGGCACAGGACUUAGGAGGUGCACAAAUGCGUCACUCGUUAGCAACUCAGACCACUACUCCAAAAAUUCUUCAAUCUCAGCUGCCCCGUAAAAAUAGUUUCAAAACACCUAAGAAUCCUCACAAAGCACACAAUACUCAAAACAUAAUGGCCACUGUCAACCCAGAAGUUGCUCACAAAAGCAUUCUCGAACUCAACACUGGCCCAGCUAACAACAUGAACUAUAUUCUUCAUUUUCCACAAUAACUCAUAUUCCUGCUUAAAAAUUAAAUUAUUACAAUUUCUAAAAUGAU